AUGGCUAAUACGAUUUUGUGUGCGACAGCCGGAGUGCGCCAGAAUGUCGAGCAGCUGCUCAACUACUCUCAGAAUGAGAAGAAGAGGAACUUCCUCGAGACCGUCGAGCUUCAGAUCGGUCUGAAGAACUACGACCCCCAGCGUGACAAGCGUUUCUCCGGCACCAUCAAGCUGCCCUCUGUCCCUCGUCCCAACAUGUCCAUCUGUGUUCUUGGUGACCAGCACGAUCUUGACCGUGCUAAGCACCACGGCCUCGAUGGCAUGUCUGCUGAGGACCUCCGUAAGCUGAACAAGAACAAGAAGCUCAUCAAGAAGCUUGCUCGCAAGUAUGAUGCUUUCGUCGCUUCCGAGGGUCUCAUCAAGCAGAUUCCCCGUCUCUUGGGUCCCGGUCUCUCCAAGGCCGGUAAAUUCCCUACCCCGGUCUCCCACGCCGAGGACCUUAACGCUAAGGUCACCGACGUCAAGUCGACCAUCAAGUUCCAGCUCAAGAAGGUGCUGUGCCUUGGUGUCGCCGUCGGCAACGUUGGCAUGACUCAGGACGAGCUGGUCGCUAACAUCAUGUUGGCCAUCAACUACCUCGUCUCCCUGCUUAAGAAGGGUUGGCAGAACGUUGGCAGCCUUGUCAUCAAGGCUUCCAUGUCUCCCCCCAAGCGUCUGUACUAG